AUGAAUCGGAUCUUCCAACCUUAUUUGGACAGAUUUGUGGUAGUGUUCAUCGAUGACAUUCUAAUUUAUUCUAGAAGUGAGGAAGAACAUCGAGAGCAUCUUCACAUCGCACUAAGGAUUUUGAGGGAUCACCAGUUGUAUGCUAAGCUGUCAAAGUGUGAGUUUUGGCUAAAAGAAGUGAAGUUCUUGGGUCAUGUGGUGUCAGCUCAGGGAGUAGCAGUGGAUCCCAACAAGGUGGACGUAGUACUUAAGUGGGAAGUCCCUAGAUCGGUAACUGAGGUGCGGAGUUUUGUGGGAUUAGCUGGCUACUAUCGGAGAUUCAUCCAAGGCUUUUCUCAGAUUGCAAUGCCAUUGAUUAAGUUAACCAAGAAGGAUCAACUGUUUGUUUGGACGGAGAAAUGUGAAUCAGCGUUCUAA